CUCAAAGCUUUAUUCCCAACUGUAUACAUAUUUUUUUUUAAAAAAAAACAAGCUGAAGCUUUAACCUGGAAGACAAUGACAAGACAGUGUUUUCCUGAAGACAACCUGGAAUCCCAUCUCCAUCCACAUUUAGAAACGCCCACACUUGUAUCUGGUGGUUAAUGACAUCUCCAGGUUUCAAGGCAGGAAAGGCGCACAGGCUGAACCCCGAGGAAAGAGAGCAGUUCCUUCCCAACCUCCGAGCUGUUGGUUGGGUUGAAGUGGACGGGCGUGAUGCAAUUUAUAAAGAAUUCAUCUUUAAAAACUUUAAUCAGGCUUUUGGUUUCAUGACAAGAGUCGCUUUACAGGCCGAAAAAAUGGACCAUCACCCAGAAUGGUUCAAUGUUUAUUCUAAGGUCCAUAUAACACUAAGUACACAUGACUGUGGAGGGUUGUCAGAGCGAGAUAUUAACCUGGCUACCUUCAUUGAAGAAGCUACAGUUUCUCAAUAAAAUUCAAUGAUAAUCAGGAGACCAAUGGCUUCAAUUAACUAUUUAAUUUGUUCUUUCAAAUGUGUUUCAUUCCAAUGUUUAAAUUAUAUUGUGAUGUUUUGAAAGUAAGCAUUAUAUUUAAAAUUUACCAUGGAUUAUUCUAAUCAAACAAUAUUAAUCAAACCCUAUUAAUGUAUAUUUUUUGGGGGAAAUGUGCCUUCUGUGAAUAAAAAUCAAAACUAUAUGGUU